AUGUCGACGCCAAACGAAACAGCGACGAACCCUUUUGACGCAAUAACGCCCCCGAUAAAGGGUAAAGAGAAGAAAAGAGUGGGCUGGUCGCAGGGAAAUUCAACGCCACACCAAGCACAAUCUGUUCCGGGCUCGGCUGGAGAAGGCGGCGGAGCUGGCCGGUCGCAGGCCGGCCAUGCGUCCCACGACGAAGACCGGACCUCACACGACGGCGUUGACCACCACGAACUGACACGGGCUCUCACGCGAAUCCUUAGCAACGAGAAGCUACAGCGUGGCACCGAAAAUUCACCACCUGGCGAACAAUCAGGUGCUGCCGCAUCGAGCCACCCACCGCACGAGCCGGCCCUUUCUCCGGUUCCGGCCGUGACUGUUCUUGCUGAGCCAACACCCCCGUACUUCCCACCGGCCCGGCAACAACAGCAAGAACAGUCUGAAAAGGCUGCACGAGAGCGUGCCGAUCGUCUUGCCCAAAGUGUUGAAAGGGACUACUCGAAUCCUGCGUCGCGAGCUGAGUCUGUAGCUGGCGGGUCAGGCGGCGACGACGACGACGAAGAGGCAGCUGCAGCCGAAGGAGCGCUCUUUGGAUUGCGGCGGCGGCGGUGGAGAAGCGGCACGAUCAGCGGCAACGGAGUCCGCGACCACGACGACGACCAUGACGAGGGGCGUAUUGAUGGUCACGACAACGAAGACGAUGAAGAGCACCAAGAGAUCGACCCUCAUAUGGCCGCCCAAACCUUGGUUCGGUCGCACACGCGAGGACAUGUUCCCAAGGCGGCCAUUCUUUCGCAACAGGUGACGGACGACACUGGUUUCCAUUACGACGCAGCCAUGGCACACUCGGGCAACUCGACCCCCGGCAACACGUUUGGGCACGACACUGAGGAAUAUGUACCGCCACCAAACAAGUACAACGGCGGGAUUUUGUCGUCGCUCCUCCGCCUGUACAACCACCCGAAUGCGUCCGCCAGCAACAGUGCCGCCAAUUCUGAGCGCAGCACGCCCACUGGGACGCCUGCUUCGUCUCGGCCUCCGUCCCCGGGUCCUGGCGAUGGCACCGAGACACCGAAGCGACGCAGCGGAUUCUUUGGAAAAAAGGUCGGCAAGCCUCACGAACACGACGGAACCCACACUCCCAAAACCAAAGGCCAACCCUGGGGCGUUUUCCAUCCAAACCACAAACACUCCCACUCCACGACGAGUCUCACGGCUGGCCUCCUCGGGACAUCGUCCAUUUUGGCGUCGACGGGCUCGGCCGGCAUUGGCCAGGCGGUGACAGAGCGGGUCAAGCGUGAACGACCGCCUCUGAAGCGCAACCGCCACUCAGCGAGCAGCAUCUUCACGACAGGGUCACCCAAGUUCCGCGAGGGCAGCAAUGGUGGAGGCGGGCGCCGUCGCCGCCGCGAAGAAGAGCAGAUGCGCAUCACGAAGCACAUUGCAGAAGUGCUUUCUCGGCACCGCUAUCUAACCCUGUUGUGUCGAGCCCUGAUGAUGUACGGUGCCCCGACGCAUCGCCUCGAAGACUACCUCAAGAUGUCGGCUCGCGUAUUGGAGAUUGAAGCGCAGUUCCUCUACAUUCCGGGCUGCAUGCUCGUGAGCUUUGAUGACAGCAGCACGCAUACGGCCGAGGUGAAGCUGGUCCGGGCACCGCAGGGCGUCGAUCUGGGCAAGCUCAGUGAUGUUCACGCCAUCUACAAGGAAGUCAUUCACGAUCAUAUCAGUGUGGACGAGGCCAUAUCACUGCUCAACGGCAUCACGAGCAAGCCGCCAAAGUAUAAAGUCUGGAUGCGCAUUCCCGUGUACGGACUGGCGUCGGCAUGCGUAGCACCUUUUGCCUUUGGCGGUCGCUUCAUCGACAUUCCCAUGUGCUUCGUCCUUGGUUGCGUUGUCGGGAUGCUUGCGCUCAUUGCCGCACCGUCCAAUGCCUUCUACUCGAAUGUUUUUGAGAUUACGGCCGCUGUCAUCACCUCCUUCCUCGCGCGCGCAAUCGGAUCCAUUGCAGGCGGCAAAAUCUUUUGCUUCUCGGCACUCGCCCAGUCGGCCAUUGCGCUCAUUCUGCCGGGCUACAUGGUCCUUUGCAGCAGCCUGGAGCUGCAGAGCCAGAAUAUUGUGGCUGGCUCUGUGCGCAUGGUGUAUGCCAUGAUCUACACGCUCUUCCUCGGUUACGGCAUCACCAUUGGCACGGCCGUCUACGGCGCGAUUGACAGCACCGCGGUCAGCACCACAAACUGCACCGAUUCGCUCUCGCGGCCGUGGUACUUUUUGUUUGUGCCGUUCUUCACCAUCUGCCUCUGCAUCAUCAACCAAGCCAAGUGGAGACAGAUGCCCAUAAUGGUCCUGAUUUCCUUGGGCGGCUUUGCUGUCACCUCCUACGCUUCGAGCUACUUCAGCAACAACGCCCAGAUUCCGAACUCGCUGGGUGCGCUGUGCAUUGGUAUCUUGGCCAACGUGUAUGCACGCACCAGCCCGUACUUUGAGCGCUACGUUGCGCCUCUGCGCGCAAAGUACUUUGCGCCGUUGGCCUCAUCCAUCGGCCGUCGCAAGAAGCGUCUGUCGCGCCGCGAUGGCCAGGGCGCCGGCGACGACUACUUUGAUAUGCCGCCGUACCGCAAAGGCGAGGAGUCGCGUGCCGAGGAGGGCGCCAUCCGCCUCACCAAGUCCAACAGCAGCGGCAACGAGCGGACGGCCGCCGAGAUGGAUGCGGACAAAGCAAAGGCCGAGAAGAAGGCACCGGGCAGCCACGAGGUCAUUGGCUACGGCCUGGCCGCGGCGGCCAUGCUGCCGGCCAUUUUCGUGCAGGUGCCGUCGGGCCUGGCGGUCAACGGCUCUCUGCUGUCAGGCAUUAACGCGGCCAAUGAUCUGACAGGCAACUCGUCGACGUCGCAUGGCUCGGGCAACAGCACCGACAGCAGUGCCAUCAAUAACGUGUCCUUUACGGUGCUGCUCAGUGUCAUCCAGGUGGCCAUUGGUAUUACAGUGGGACUGUUCUUUGCGGCCAUCAUCGUGUACCCGCUGGGCAAGCGGCGCAGUGCCCUGUUCAGUUUCUGA